AUGAUGUACGGUCAGCAAGGGGCACCACAGACCUUUAACCCUCACGCCAAUCCAUGGGGAGGCCACUCAUCCUUUGCUGAUGGACCUUCCCAGGGUGGCGGCUACAGCAGCUACAACAACUACCAGCAACGCCCUCCUCGAGACGGGUUCGUCGGCUAUGGCGGACGUGGUGGUGGUGGUGGCCGCGGUGGGGGUUAUGGCCGGGGAGGAGGCUUCGGCCACGACGGUGGUAUGCCCCGUGCUCCUCACUACCACAAUGAAAGCCCACCUUUCGCGUACCAUCGUGAGGAAAAACCCGAAGAGGAGAUUUUUAAGGAGCAUACACCUGGAAUCAAUUUUGACCAAUAUGAAGCAAUUAAGGUUCAACUCACGCCAAAUGAUACAGAACCGGCAGAGUCUUUCACCUCUAUGAGUCUUGUUCCUGCCUUAAGUGAAAAUGUUGCCCGUUGCCGUUACCAAAAGCCGACACCUGUACAAAAAUAUGGUAUUCCUGUUGUACUUAAGGGUCGAGACUUAAUGGCAUGCGCGCAGACAGGUUCUGGAAAGACUGCAGCCUAUCUUAUUCCUGCCAUCAAUUAUAUGCUCGUAAACAACCUCAAUCGUGCUAACCAAGGACAAGGAAGUUAUUCUGCUCCUUCAGCACUUGUAUUGGCUCCUACCCGAGAACUCUCUAUACAGAUUCAUGAAGAGGGUCGUAAGUUUACCUACCGUACCGGAAUUCGUUGUGUUGUCGUUUACGGUGGAGCAGACCCACGACACCAGGUUCAUGAACUUACUCGUGGAUGUGGGUUACUUGUGGCGACUCCUGGCCGUUUGUGGGAUAUGUUUUCGCGCGGUUAUGUGAGAUUUUCUGGAAUUCGAUUCCUUGUUUUGGAUGAAGCUGAUCGAAUGCUUGAUAUGGGAUUUGAACCUCAAAUACGUAUGAUUGUUCAAGGCCCAGAUAGUGAUAUGCCUCGUGCUGGGCAACGUCAGACAUUAUUGUAUUCUGCUACUUUCCCUACGGAGAUUCAGCAGCUCGCACGAGAGUUUUUGUACCGUCACGCCUUCCUUCAGGUUGGACGAGUGGGUUCUACAACAGAAAAUAUCACUCAAGACGUUCGUUGGGUUGAAGAUGUUGAAAAACGGGAACAUCUUCUUGCAUUAUUGCGCGAAAAUGAGGGUAAGAUUAUUCUUGUUUUUGUGGAGAAAAAACGUGAUGCCGAUUAUCUAGAAAGAUUUAUCCGCAAUAACCGUAUCACUUGCGCAUCUAUUCAUGGAGAUCGUGUGCAGCGUGAACGUGAAGAAGCACUUAAUAUGUUCAAGUCGGGUAAUUGCCAGGUUUUGGUUGCAACAGAUGUGGCCUCUAGGGGUCUUGAUAUCCCAAAUGUUGCUCUUGUUGUGCAGUAUGAUUUGCCAAGCAAUAUUGAUGAUUACGUACAUCGUAUUGGUCGAACAGGUCGUGCCGGAAAGAUGGGUGUUGCCAUCUCCUUCUUCAAUGACAAGAAUCGCAACAUUGUCGAUGACCUUAUCCCUCUACUAAAUGAGACCAACCAGUGCGUUAUUCCGCAGAUCUUGGAACUCGGAAAACGUCCCAACAACAAUAACAACGGUCGCGGUGGCGGCGGUGGCGGCUAUCGCGGUGGUGGCGCUGCCUUCCGUGGCUUUGGCGGUGGUGGUGGCCGCAUGGGCGGCGGCUAUCGCGGCGGCGGUGGUGGCGGCGGUCGCAUGGGCGGCGGUGGCGGCUACGGCGGCGGGGGCUACGGCGGUAUGGGCGGCGGUGGCGGCUAUCGCGGCGGUGGUGGCGGCGGCUACGGUGGCGGCUACGGCGGGGGAUAUGGUAGUGGUGGCCGUAUGGGCGGCGGCGGUGGUGGCGGCGGCUUCCGGGGCUUUGGCGCAGGCGGUCCGAACAACAAUAAUAACGCCACCAGCAAUAACGGUGGGGCCUUUGGUGGUCCGUCGGGGAACGUUCGGGUGAUGUUUGGUGAUGGCCUCGGUGCGUAA